AAGAAGCCGUGUCCAAAAUCCAUGCUAUCAAGGAUUGGCUUAGAACCAUUGAAGUAAGGGAUUUUGAAAAGGUAUCAUUGGAUGCAGAACAAUUAGAUAAGGAAGCGAUAAAAAUUAUUUAUGAUAACCCGGAUUCUGAAAUUCUGACGGGUCGCAGCUCUAUUUGUGAAGACAUGAAGAAAUUUGAAAAUGAAGUAUUGAAGUUUGCUUAUUUACAAAAACCGGAUAUACCGAAUCCGGUUGGAAUCGAAAAUUCGGGAUAA